AUGAGUCGCGCACGCCAGUUUCUGACGCCACGAGUCCUGGCGCCAGUCUUAUUGUGGACGCUGUCCAUAUGGCUGAUACACACCUACCUGUUCGAACUCUCCGUCUUUCCUGCGCCGCUGUGGCGGUCAGCCGGCAGCGAUGAGGCGGCAGCCCAUCGCCUUUCACCAGAGUUCCCCGCCCCGAUGGACCGCGAAGGAGAAGACUGGAUUGACUCUGUUGACCCUCGAAGGCGCCCGUUCUCGCCGCACGGAGCCCCAAGGGACCCCUUCCCGAAGCUCCGCCCGACACGAUUCCUUCCCGAUCACUGCUUAGAGGAAUGGUUCAUGACCGGGGAGACAAUGUGCGGACGCGCAGAGCUCGGACCAGAGGAUACGCUCGAUGCCACCUGGCUCUGGGUCAAUGGUUCAGACCAACGAUGGGCCGACGAGAUGCGCUUGCACAGGGCCAAGAUGGGCAACGAACUCGUGUACUCGAUGCGAUCCGUCGUCGAAAAUCUCAAGGGCCAUGUCCGCACGAUCCACCUGAUACUCUACGACUACGCCUUCAACUCAACACUUGGGGACCUAGCCCUCGUUCCGCAGUCGACGAUCGAUGUUCUCGAGGAGACCAUUGACAAGUCUGGUCCGGUCUACAACCCCGCCACGCGUGAUAAAGUUUUGAAUCUCGACGGACGCAAGAUCUCGGAGCGGGUUCUUGACCACCUGAACACGAAGUGGCGCAUCGUGCAGACUCCGACCUGGUUGAACUUCUCGAGACGUGAUACGCGCAGCCCUCAGCACCCGGUCCACCCGGCCACAGGUUCUGAAACGGCAGCCGAGCACGCCCAUUUUCAAGUCCCUUACCCCACGCUUCGCUAUGCGGGGCACUCUGAGAUAUUUCACCUCCCGACUGUGAAGCGAGAUGCUGUCACGAUGCAGCUGGGCGAGAAAGAGUGGCGCGAAAGAGACUGGAGGAGUAAGGCGCUGCCGACGUACAACUCGAUGGCGAUCGAGAGCCGCAUUAGCUGGCUCCCAGGCCUCGCGGACGUGUCCAUCGCCCUGAACGACGACUUUUUCAUGCUGCGCCCCCACGCCGUGUCGGAUUUCCACUCGCCCUUCUAUGGCAACGUGAUCCGGUUCAAGACCGCCUGGUUCCAGUGGAUCAAGCCGGACAUUGACGAUGGGCACAUCACGGACACGGGCGAGAUGGGUGGCCUGUAUCACGCAAACUAUCUACUUUCCGCGCGGUUCCCAAAACGGAAACGGCCGUACUUUGCGCAUGCUCCCAAGGUCAUCACGAGGGGCUUGCAUCAGGAAGCGUCGCUUAUGUUCAAGGAGGCAUUGACUCUGAGCAGCACUCGCCGGUUCCGAGAGCUGCGCAUUGGUAAUGGCGACGUCCAGAUACAGUGGCUCCUGACGCAGCUCCGCGUCGAUCGAUGGCGCGAGGCGCUUCUGUGGACCUACAUCGUCGUCAAUCUUGGCAGCCGGGAAGGUCUGUGGGACGACGCUUCCCGCCAGGCAAUCAUCGACCUCUUUGGUCUCGGAGUCGACGCAGCUCAGGUCGCCGAGGUUGAGGUCCACCGCGCCGAGCGCAAGACGCUUGAUAUCUUUCGCAUGGCGCGGAUCUUUCAGCAGGCGGGCUGGGAGCGACCGAAACGCACUACCUUUGAUUUUACCUCACUCGACGGUCACUUUCCCGGAUUUCUACCUAAGGGGGCAGAUGCCAAGGAGAAUGACCAGUGCGUUCUCGACUUUGAUCGCUGUUUCGGCGUCUUCUGGACUCACGGGACGCAAGUGUCCGCUUCCGAUAUGAUGAAGCGCAUCGCUUUCCAGGAGCCGGACUGCGGCGACUGCCUCAUUAUGGCGCUCGUAACCGCUUCUGGUCCGCUCGGCCUCUCCGCCUUCUUUCCCCCCGCAACUUCAACUUACACGAACCCAUCCACAGACCCGCCGCCCGACUUUCUGCCACCGCCACACCUCCCGCUUGACUCGACCUGGCAGGCUGUCGACUUUUCGCUCCACAAUGUCUUGUCUACGACCUCCCUACCGGGUCAGGACGUCAAUCUUCGCCUGUACUGCAUGAAGCUUCUCUCACGAUACAUCUACUCGUCGGGCAAGUCCGACGUGCACUUCCAUAUGCUUAAGAAUGCUGAGGGAGUGAAGAAAUCGCUCAAGCAGAUAGACGACUCGAACAGCGUCGCGAUCUUGGGUCUGAACGACGACAUCGAGAAGGACUAUUCGGACAUCCGCUCAAUGGUGAACCAGUGGUUCCACAAGAAGUGGCCGCGACCGGCCAUCUGGGAGCGCGCGUGGAGCGCCCCUUAA